CAAGCCGGGGUUUAACUAGGAGUUUUGAUUUGUGCAUGCCGCAGUACAUCUCGUGCUUGCAUGCCUUGGUUGCGGAGCUGUGGGCGUGAGGAUUUGCAGGAGUGUUCGUGCACACUUGCGUGACUAUAGAUUGUGCGCUGCCAAGUGCCGGGAGGUGAAGACAGCUGCGAUGGCUACCACGGCGAGAAGUUCCACCUGCAUCGGCACCACGAUGGCGGUAAGGUCUGGAGUGGCGCAGAAGCAAGAGUGUCAUCUGGCGUCCCGAGUGAGUUUUGGGAGGAAUUCGGUGCUGGCGAGCAGGGCCGGUGUGAGCGGAAGAGUAGUGAAUGUAGGUGUUAGGUGGGUUGGAGCUGUGAAGGUGAUGGCCGUAAAUUCUGCCAGCACAGCCGCGGCCUCGCCAACUGCUACCAAGAACGAGAAAUCUGUAGCGAAGCCCACCGUGUUGGUAGCUGAGAAGCUGGGCGCAGCGGGUAUCGAGUUGCUAGAGAAGGUGGCCGUCGUAGAUUGCUCGUACAAUCUGUCUCAGGAGGAUCUGUGUGCGAAGAUUUCAGACUGCGAUGCUUUGAUCGUGCGCAGUGGUACGAAGGUUACUCGCGAGGUAUUCGAGGCAUCCAAGGGUCGCCUCAAGGUUGUUGGAAGAGCGGGUGUGGGAAUUGACAACGUCGACCUGCAGGCUGCUACUGAAGUUGGUUGCCUGGUCGUUAAUGCACCAACUGCCAACACUGUGGCGGCCGCUGAGCAUGGCAUUGCCCUUCUCACCGCAAUGGCCCGCAAUGUUGCUCAGGCCAGCGCGUCUAUGAAGGCCGGAAAGUGGCAAAGGAACAAGUGGGUUGGUGUUUCCCUGGUGGAUAAGACACUGGCUGUGAUGGGGUUCGGCAAGGUGGGCUCUGAAGUGGCGCGCAGAGCCAAAGGUCUUGGAAUGCACGUUGUGGCCUACGACCCCUAUGCUUCGGCUGAACGCGCGAAGGCUGUGGGAGUGGAGUUAGUGAACUUCGAGGAAGCACUUGCUACGGCAGACUUUAUUUCUCUUCACAUGCCGUUGACACCUACGACGGACAAGAUUUUCAACGACGAGAGCUUUGGGAAGUGCAAGAAGGGUGUGCGCAUCAUCAACGUCGCACGAGGAGGUGUGAUCGACGAGCCUGCGCUUGUUCGAGCCCUCGAUGCAGGCAUCGUGGCUCAGGCUGCAUUGGACGUGUUCACUGUGGAGCCUCCUCCGGAAGGUGAUGCCCUGGUGAAUCAUGAGAACGUGAUCGUCACGCCUCACCUUGGUGCGAGCACCAUGGAAGCUCAGGAAGGGGUUGCUGUGGAAAUUGCGGAGGCCGUAGCGGGGGCUCUGGCAGGAGAGCUCUCAGCAACGGCAGUAAAUGCCCCUAUGGUUCCCGCAGAGGUUAUCACAGAGUUAGCUCCCUACGUGUCGUUGGCUGAGAGGUUGGGAAGACUCGCAGUGCAAUUGGUGUCAGGAGGUGCCGGUGUCAAGCAGGUGAAAGUGGUGUACAGAUCCGCCCGUGCUGAUGAUGACUUGGACACUAGGUUGUUGAGAGCCAUGAUCACGAAGGGUUUGAUUGAACCAGUGUCGAGUGCGUUCAUCAACUUGGUGAACGCUGACUAUGUGGCGAAACAACGUGGUUUGAAGAUCAGUGAGGAGAGGCAGCCUACCGAUGGUGCUAUUGAAGUCCCCCUGCAGUCUAUUUCGGUGAUGAUCUCAGGUGUCGAAUCAAAGUUCGCUAGCUCAGAGUCUAAUGGAGCAAUUACUCUGGAAGGCAAGGUGAAGGAUGGUGUGCCAUAUCUUUCAAGGGUGGGGAGCUUCAGUGUUGAUGUUAGUUUAGAAGGUAGCAUUAUCCUUUAUCGUCAGGUAGAUCAACCAGGCAUGAUCGGGAAGGUUGGUUCUAUCUUGGGAGAGGAGAAUGUGAACAUUUCGUUCAUGAGUGUGGGUCGUAAGUCACCCCGCGAGCACGCUGUGAUGGCCAUCGGUGUGGACGAAGAGCCCUCGAAAGCUACACUCCAGAAACUUGGCGACAUUCCCGCCGUGGAGGAGUUUGUAUUCCUCAAACUGUAAGGUCUCCCGAACUUUUCAUUCUGCCAAUGAUUGAUGAAGCUGCUGGACUCUUUCUUACUCUUCAUCCUGUCCAUCGCCUGGAUGUUUUUAUCGAGUUGAGUUUGUGCCAUCGUUGGGAGCUGUAUUUAGUUGACUGAACAGAACAAAUUAUCUGCUGGCUUUUCCUCUACUCUCUAGAUGUGUUAUGCACGUUUCGAACAUUUGCAAGUUCUUUUUGUUUGAUGGUCGUCAUUACGUGUGCCUCUGAUACGAAAGUUAGUUUUAUCCCGAUGGUUGAAAACGACGAAGUCUUCAGGUGUAUGAGUUUUCAGAUUAGAGGCUUGGGUAGGUUUCGGUUUUGAUGACACUCAAGUUUUGUUCUCAGCUUUUGCGAGAACCUUGAUCGCCUGCCCUGAACUGCAUUUAAAUUAAAACGGUCUACUGUGGUUCCAACUUACGUAGUCACACCAUAAGUUUACACGAGAUGUAGUUGUAACUUUCCAGCCUUGGCUAGAACCUCAUUGGGAGGAUCUUAUUGUUUAAAAGUGAAGUCGAACAGAGUAAAUAUGUAACAGCAGAACAGACAUGUAUUAACAUAUGCUAGUUGGCACAGUUUUCUCGAA